GCCUCAAUCCUCGACUUCCCGAACGAGAUUUUCCUGGCGAUCUUUUCGAUCCUCCACGAGUGGUCCUUCGAAGUAGAACGCAAACAACACGAUCCGGCCUUGUUCCCCUUCGCGCUCGCGCAGGUCUGCACGCGAUGGCUCGACGUCCUCUGCAUGGUCCCAGAAUACUGGCGCAGGGUCAUCCUCCCCCUCGAGUCCCCUCUGCUUUCCCCAUCGGUGCUCGACGCGUACUUCGCCGCGUCCGCCCCCGCUGGGAUCCACUUCAACCUGCGCGCGUCGUACCACCAGACGAUCGUCAUGGACGCCGCUCACGAAAACGCGCGGGUUGCGAUGCUCGUGCGCGCGCUGCUGCCGCAUCUGGACCGGUGCUACGCGCUGUACCUCACGCUCAUGUACCGCUCGUCGACGAUCGUCGCGAGUGCGAUCCUGGACGGCGCGUCUGCGGCGAAUCUCGCCGUGCUCUGCGUCGAGUCGUUCGUUGCGGACACGCAGGCGCCCCUGCGCCUCCGGUACUUGCGGUGUCCGAGCGUGAACAAGGUCUCGCUCGACGCGAGGAGUUUCGUAGAUUUUGUGCAUGCCAGCAAGACGUGGGAGGAGUGGAACAGCUCCUGCAUGAGCGUGCAGGCGGACUUCUUGAGGUAUAGGCCGCCGCAUGGUGCGCCCGGGCUGUCACCCGCCGCGCUGGUGGAGGCGCUGUUUAUCCUGAACGACGCGAGGGGGAGCGGCGACCUGCGCCUCCUCAACAGAUUCACCGGCACCCUCCUCUUCCAGCACAUCGACAGCUCAUUCAUCAGCACCCACUUCCCGUGGCGCAGCAUCCCCAAUGCAUCCGUGAUGCUCGUCGACUGCACGGUGCCCACGCCCCUCCCGC